CUAUAUUUAGUUUUUAGACAUUUGACAAAAAAGAUGGCAGCGAGUGCCGACUGCUGUUCUUUGGAUUUAUUGCGAAAAUGGCGCAUUAUGUGAUAUUUUCACAUAAUAUAAUAAUUAUAAGUGAAAAAUUGUGUAGUGCUACCUUGUGAUGGUGUGUUGUUUUACAUGAAUGACAGUGCACUCGUGUGUAAAUAGGACUGCAACUUCUGGAUAUUGGAUUACACAUAAAAUAAGUCAAGAUGGUGGUGGGCGAGAGCAAGCGCACCGCCAACAUCAUGGACGGCAUUGAGAACACCGGUGACGUGCGGAUGCACGACCACCGACUGAGGCUCAAACAAAGAUUUGACAUAGUAAGAAAAUUAGGACAAGGCACAUACGGUAAGGUACAACUCGGUAUUAAUAAGAAGACUGGACAAGAAGUGGCCAUAAAGACAAUCAAAAAGUGCAAGAUCGAGUCGGAAGCCGACCUGAUACGCAUCAGACGGGAAGUUCAAAUUAUGUCCUCCGUCAGGCAUCCUAAUAUUGUACAUAUAUAUGAAGUAUUCGAAAACAGCGAGAAAAUGAUACUAGUAAUGGAAUAUUGUUCCGGCGGUGAAUUGUAUGAUUAUCUUAGUCAGAAAAAAGUAUUACAAGAGGAUGAAGCUAGAAGGUUAUUUAGACAGAUCGCAACCGCUGUGUAUUAUUGCCAUAUACAUAAAAUUUGCCAUAGGGAUUUAAAAUUGGAAAAUGUAUUACUCGACGACACUGGUAGUGCGAAGAUUGCUGAUUUUGGAUUGUCAAACGUUUUUAAAGAGACGUCACUGCUAUCUACAUUCUGUGGUUCACCGUUAUAUGCAUCACCAGAAAUCGUCAAAGGAACGCCAUAUAUAGGUCCAGAGGUGGAUUGCUGGUCGUUGGGCGUGCUGCUGUACACUCUAGUCUAUGGGGCCAUGCCAUUCGAUGGCUCCAACUUUAAACGAUUGGUGAGGCAGAUCAGCAAUGGCGAUUACUACGAACCCAAAAACCCAUCAACUGCAUCACCUUUAAUUCGAGAUAUGCUCACUGUAGAUCCGCUCAAACGUGCUGACAUCGCAUAUAUAUGUGACCACUCGUGGGUGAACACGGGAUGCGGCGCGUCAUGCUUGGAGGUGGCGGAGGCGCUGGCGGCUGAGACACCUGUGCGGCUCGAUUUGCUGCUCUCGCUCGCACCCGCAGCGCCCUCUAACUGCAACUCCGUCGUCGUGCCUCCAGAGACUCCACUAGGCCCCGAAGAGAGCUGCACAGAUCUGACAAGUUCCACGUCAAUGGCUGUCGAGCCCAGCAACUCAGCCGAAAAGAGGAUCCUCGAAUUAGUUGCAGAGGGCGGUGAAGACGCAAUAAAACCGUCGCCAACUCGCACGAUUGUGUCCGCGACUGACAACAAGAGAAAAUUAGAACUCGCCAUGUCUGCCAGUGGACUGCAGAGGAAGAAGGAACGAGUGGCCAGUACCGCAAGCGUCGGGCCUGCGCCGCCUGCAGUGCCGGAAGAGUCUGCGACUGAAACACCACCUCCAACGCCGCCAGUCGCAGCGGAAGCGCCAACUCUAAAGUCAUCGGCGACUAUUACGAUUCAACCGGCGGCAACGGAACUCGUAAAGGAUCUCACGAAGGAGAUCGUCAAGACGCCACCCAAAGAGGAAGUUAAAGAGAAACCCGUCAAAACGAAGGUUACAGUCAAGAAGAAAGUGCCUAAAGCGGCUGAGGAGAAAGUGGCGCCCGAGAAGAAAGAUGAGCCGAAAGAAGAGGCGAAACCGAGUUCAGUAGCAGCUACAACGGACAAGCUGACGUCGCUCUCAAUCGCUCAGUCGCCCCCCGCCACACCGCCCGCCCCCCCGAAGAAGUUGUCUAUACCAGGAGGAAAUGUGGGCAAUUUCAAAGACCAGUUCGAGAGGCGAGCGUCGCUGACCACUGCCCCGGAACCUAAACGCUCUGUAUCUAAGCCAGUGGUGUCAAAGAUCGCCAAACCUAAAGCUCAAAGCGAAGACCGCGAGUUAACACCGAAGACUACAGACAAUGGCACAGUGCGUUUGCAGCAGAUAGGCAUCGAACCUUCACCUCAAAGUCCACCGGAAGAGGUCGUGAGUGCGGCCAAUCGCGGCGUGAAGAAGGCCGACAGCGAGCCGUCGCACUCGUCCGCGCCGCUCGAUCCCGGCGUACUGCUGCAGGACGCUAGAAGAAGUCUACAAAACUCGAUGGCAAAACUGGCGGAAGAGAAAGCAGGCGAGGAGAACCGCAGACGCGCCGCGCGGGACAUUAUAUCAUCAGCUAUACGUACUGGCAAGCCUCCGAUGCCAUACGGCCGCUCGUCGUCGGCGGGCGUGGCUACGCUGCUGUCGCCUGCCACCACUCCCCCCACCCCACCCACACCCGCCGCUGCUGCCGCGCCACCACCCACCCGGGUGUUCCGCACUGAGGCUCAGCAUCGUGUGGAAGAUCAUCGGCCGAGGGGGGUGUCAGUGGAGCGCAUUAUACCAAUACGCGUAGCCGAGGAAGGUCCUGCAUCACCACCGCCUAAGCCGCAACCAGCUGCCGCACCCAGGCUUUCGCAAACACCGAUCAGGCGCCUGGUGUCGACAGAGUCGAGCGCGAGCGAGGCGUGUAGCAGCCCCGGCGAGCCGAUAAAGAAGUCGGCGCGGGAGUUCAUCAUCCCUAUCGCGGUGGAGGGCAAGGGUUUUGUGACGCCGCGCCAGCGCAGCCUCGAACCGGAAGCGGCUGCGCCUCCUACUUCGUUAGCCUCGCUCUCCUCUCUCGGCAGAAUGCAGCGAACGCCUAAGCCUAGACGUAUUAGUAGUCUGGUCAGUGGUGGAGAAUCGGAAGAAGAAGAUGACACACACAUGCACAGACUUAGGUCUUCUCGUGCCGCCCGCGCCGAAUCGGUGAGCUCUGGAGAGGAAGAUGAGGAGGACGAAGGGUUCCACCUGCUCACUGCUGAGAACCUAUUCUCCACGUUGCUGCACAGGGUGCGCGCAUUAACACAACGCCUAAACGGCGAGGAAGGCCCCGGGUUCCCGCAACAUCCCCAUUCGCUCUUCAACAACCUGCAAUCACCUUUCUUCAACAGCCCUCACUUACCAAGGAGACAUCUCUUCACUCAUAGAUAUAUGGAAAGUAAACGAAGUGUUUCUGAAACACGUGACGGAUGGGGUUCCCGCGAGCGCGAUUUCGACUCGAUGUUCGGCCGCCAGCCGCUGCCGCGAGGUAAUAGUAAGAAAUCCGGUAAGCACCAUACGAGAGCCCAACAAAACGCCGAAUCGAACGUAGAAAGCGGGUUAGAUCUGUCCGACCUGGAUCUGAGCUCGAUACAGUUCUCGGAGAAGGAGAUGCGGGCGUUGUCGGGCCUCACGCCGGCGCUGUCGCGGCGCCUGCAGCAGCAGCUGCUCGCGCACCUGCCGCCCGCCGCCGCGCGCUCGCUGCGCCGCACGCUCUCGCUGCACGCGCCCGCCGCCCGCGCCGACCGCGCCGCCGCCGCCGCCGCCGCCGCGCACAGCGUGCCCGCCACCCCGCUCCCCGACACGACAGCCACUAGUGACGCACCGCGCGAUCCGGGGGACAACCACCCGCCACCCGAAGCGCCUGCGUCCCGUGACACUUCGCCCAAAGUAGAGAGGGAGGACUCGCUAUACGACUCGCCCGCUUCCCAAUACUGUACUCUCCCGCGGUUGAAGCGGCCGACGGUGAUGCCGCGGGAAACGACGCCGCCGGAGCCGGAGCCGCCGGGUACGGACACGGCGGCACGCGGCGCAUCGCAGGCGCGGGAGCCGAGCCAGUCGCGCGGCAGCGUCCGCAGCACGCCGGACCGGCCACUGCUCAGCAAGUACCUGACCCCUGAGCGGGCGCUCUCGCUCGACGACUCGUACUCAUCGGACGGCGGCAGCAUCCUGUCGGAACCCAGCUACGUCGCCGCCUACGGGGCUCCGGCGGUCGGCGGCUCGGCGGCACUCGGUUUCAGGCGCCACUCGAUGAGGCUCGCCGGCGAUCAACCCAGAAAGCGCAUAUCGAGAUUUCUUCGUCCGGACUUUUUUGAUACUCCUCCUGAUGAAAACGUCUAUGCCAAGCAUAAAAAAGAAAAAGAAUUGGAAACACAGAAAAUUUUGAAAGAAAUCAGAGAGAAGAAGAAUAGAUCGUUUGAUUCAUCGUCGACACCGAGGAGCCCGACGGACAGUUGCGACAGUCAGUAUACGUUCAAGGAUGAUUCGAGCUAUCCCCGUAAAUGUCUCUCGCCGAUUUCUGUACUGACAGCGAAAGAACGUAGCAGAUCAAAUACACCUUUCUUUCCCAGUUUGGAUAAUAUAAAGGAAAGUGCCAUAGAUACCUCCUCGCUUUUGAUAAAUGACACGACGAAACCGUUUAAAGAAUUAACCGAAACAAAACAGAAAUCACGAUUAGACGAAAACGCUUCAACUAAAGAUUCGAGAUUAACUAGGCCAAAGAGUUAUCCCGUUAAAAACUUAGAAUCCAUCGAAGAACCGAUACAAAAUUUAUCUUCUGAAUGUUAUGUGAAUAAGGAAAAUGAAAGCAAAGAAAAGAACUUGCAAAAAGAAUCGAAAUUAAUUAGACCGAAGAGUUAUCCUACCAGUAGCCCUUCGCCAGAAAAGUUACAAAUAAAUCGAAACACCAAGAAACAAGAAACUUUGACGAGUAAUCCCAAAGAGGUUGCUAGUCCAGAAGUAAAAAAUGACGUGGAAGUAAGUUUUAAUAUUACUUUACCCAAGAAAACGAAAUUAGAUACAUUGACAAAAGCAGAUUCAUUGAAAAAUAGCGAAAGCUUAGAUCCAACUAUAGAUAAUAAGAUGAAUAGCAAUAAAAUGCAGGCGGCAAAUGAAAACUUAAAAAAAUACAAAGUUAUUUCAAAUGUUGAUUUUGAUAAAUCCCACAAUGAAAUUGAAAAUGGAUCCGCUAUCAAUGAAGCAGCUGGAAUAAAUAAUAAUACGUCUAAUAUAGACUCUAAAGUUAUUAGUAAUACAUCUAAGAAAGAAGAUAUUCAGUUGAAAACUUCUGAAUCGGAAACACCUAUUGAAAAGAAAGGUACUAUAAAGAAAAAAAUAAUAAGGAAAGUUUCUUCUAAAUCUAAGACUGACUUAGGAAGCCAAGAUAAUGGUGAACUUAAAAGUUCUACUGAAAAGAAAAAAGUCACAAAAAAAGUAAAAGAGAAAGCAUCUGAAGAUGGAGCUAAACCAACUGUCACAAAAAAGAAAUCUGUAUUACAAUCUAUAGGUCAAAAAUUAGAGAAAUUUGCAUCUACCAAAUCUGCCUCUCCAGAAAAAUUUAUAGAGAAUAAUGAUAUGCCGAGUGAUCUUAAGAAGAUUACUACGAAAGAAAGCAGAGUGCAACGAGAGCAAUCUGUACCCGUGGAUAUAGAACCUCCCACCGAGUCAAAUCUUAUUAAAAGAGCCGUCACAUUGACUGAUGUUGCGGCUCUUGAUACACAAAAUACGAAUCUCGGAAAAACUACAGUUUCUAAAGUAUUAGGUUUGUUUAAAAAAUUCGAGCCAAAGGAGAAAAUUGCUAAACCUGUCGUUGAUAAAUCACAAUAUGAUAAUCUCGAUGACAUUAAGGAUCUCAUUAACAAAAACGAAAAUAGCGUAGACACUGCAUCAGACACAUUAGAUAGUGAUAAACCGAAAAGACCAACAUCUUUGCUCUUAAAUGGUUUAGGACGCAAAAACAAAUACGGAAGGACUGCAAGUGACAGUGUGUCAGUGGCAUCAGUAGAUAAUGACGAUCAAAUUUCCCUUAAAAAAGAGAUUGAACCCAGAAAUUUAAGAAAUACAUUAAAAUUAGAUUUCUCCAGAUUGCCAAGAGUAAAAAAAAUAGUUCCUACUAAUCCUGUGAUAGAACCGCAAUAUAUAAAUAUUCCUCCUGAUGACAAGGAGACUAAUAAAAUCGAUAAUACAGAGAAAAAUGGUUCGAUUCCACAAGGGGGUUUAGGUGCCGAUAAUGCCGAUCUCGAAAGCCGCAGUCGAUCCAGGAGUAGAUCAACUAUUUCAAAUUCUGAAUUUAAAUCCGACAACAGUAGUGAUUAUAAAAUUAAUGAUAAAAAUCUAAUGUCGCCCUCUGACAAUAUUGUUUAUCAAUCUUUACGAAAUCACGAAUCGAUCACGCCUGAAAAGGAAGAUAUCGUUGAUAGAAUACGACGAAAAAGCUUUUACUCUAGAUUUAAUGAAAAGAAACAACGACGAAAGAGCAAUCUAGUCGGCCCUGGAGCUACCGAGUACGAUCCAGUGGCUAGGAUCCAUUCGCCACCCACAGAGGCUAAAUACGAUGGCUCACCUACUUCUGGAACCUAUGAUUUAUCACCUGCAUUUUCUGUCGCAUCAGAUAUAUCCCCGUCCACUGAACGAUAUAGAUCUCUUUUAUCCGACUUACCUGCUAGCCCUAGGAGUACCUUAAGAUACGACAAUUAUGGGCUGAAUGAUAAAAUUGAUACAUACCGAUCUCUCGACAGAAACGAAUUCAGAAAAUAUCCAGGGACGCGAAGCUAUUUAGAUUACGAUCAACCUUCGUCUUAUGGCGCGCAUAGAUACUCGAGAACAAAAUCGCUGUUGGACAGUACUGAUAGUACUGAAGAUUCUUCUUUGGGAAUUCUUAGAGACCCGCAUAAAUAUAACAGAACUAUAUCUAUGUAUUCUCCUGGAAAUUAUGCCACCUAUCGACCGAAAAGAACGAGAAAUUCUGCUAUUAUACUAAAAGAAAGCGAGAAAGAACCCAGCCCUGAAAAUAUAUUAGACAAAAUAAGGCAAAGAAAAAAGUUAUCAAUCAGCGUGACCAAAAAGCCAGAUACAGAGGACUCACUGCCAAGAUCCCAUAUCCCACCUAAAGGCGAAGGCGACGGUGCAGAAUGCGCUGAGAAAGUUGACUGAGAGGAACUACUGAUAUAUCGGUCGUCACUUUGAAGGAAGUCGUUUGUGAUUUAUUUAAGCAUUUGUUGUUAUUCGAAACAAUUUUUUUUUUUUUGCCAGACAGUGUUUACUAGUUUAGUUAAACGACAGACACUCGAAUAUGCUUCCACUAUUUUUAGAAACGUACUCAACUCCUACUAUAUUCACUAAUAAGGUAUAGAUCCGAGCGAGGCUGUAUCGACAUAUUCUUGCCAAAAAGUAGUCCGCUAUGUGUAGUAAAUAUAAUUAAAUUGUUAUCUAAAUAUCACUCAUGAAUGGCAGAUAGUUUAAAAGACUGUCGUUAGUGGCAAAUAUAGUUACUACAAGAAUGAAUCUCCGUCGAAAAUACGUAUAUUUGUAGAGUUAUUGGUUUAUUGGGGAGAUAUUCUAAGGGCUUGAACUACCGAAGAGAAAUUGCAAAUAAUAAUAGGUAGUGAUUUUCACCGAUUCAUGAAAUUGUAAAAAUAACAUAAAAUCAUAUUUGUAUUAUUUUGUUAGCUUUGUCUCAAAUUGCAGUUACUGCUACAUAUUUUAAUACAGCUUACAAGCUGGAUAAUGUUACUAUAAUGAAAUAUAAAUACUGACUAAUAAAAAUAUAUAUUACGCAAAGAUUUUCUUUGUUAAUCGUUUAUUGUACAUUGAUUCUUAUGUGCCUUUAUAAUAAUACAUAAGUGACUGGAUUUGAUAUUAGUCCAUUUUAUUGAAACAAAUAAAAUGACACGAUUUUAUGUGUGUGUUUGCACAAAUAUGUUUUACUCAAUAUAAUUAAUAUUAAUUUUUUUUUUAUAGUUAUUAUCAAUUUACAUUUUUAUGUGACCCUAAGUCAAAUUUAAGUUUAAAUGUUUAUCAUAAUCUUAUAGUAUUUGAUGCUAAGUCACAUCGUAACAGUUAUCGAAUAGAAUGGUGCUUAGAAGAUUUCGUUAGGAAUAACUUGUAUUUAUAGAUUGGACGUGUUAUAGUAUCACUUACGCAAACGCAUGUCAUUUAGCAGCGGUUUUAAGUAUGUAUACGUAUUAUGGUUUGUAGAUCUGUGUAACAAGAUCGCCAUCCGCGCAACUAGUAUUGUGUACGAGUUGAUAUAAUUAUUUAUGUUCGUUGCUAUUUUCCAUUUCACCAAUUUAUAAAUGAAAUGACAGCGGUUAAGAGUAAUGUUGUAAAAGCAAUAAUUUUACAUCGGAUUGACGUAUUCAGCAUCUCGAACUUUCUAUUUAUUAUUUUUUUUUCUAGAAUUGAAAUUAUUUAUUGGUGUGUAGUGAUUUUUAAUAUUUUUCUUAUUAGUUACUAUAAAUGUGAUGGCGCAGGAACUGUGAUGAUUUGAAUAAUAUUAAAAUUACUAUCACACAUGUUUUGUAUUGAAUGUGAAUAAAUUAUAUAGUUGAA